CAAGCAGCCAACGUUCAGCCACGCUCGGGAUUCCUAGGCCAAUGGCUGCGUACUCCUCUCGGACAACCUUUUCGUCUAAUUUUUUUUUCCUAAUUUAAUGGAAUGUUCCGUUUUUUUCUUGCGAAAAGAACUUUAAUGUUUGUUUUCCACGUCUUAACGAAACUAAAUAUAUGUUUUCAGCUAAAUAUGCCAACCCCCCCCCCCCAUGAUCUCGGAAUCAAGGUCGGAGAAGUCGAUGUUACCGUCAAUCCAGGACUUUCCUGUAGAUUCCUCGUCACAGCUCUUCCAACAAUUUAUCACGUCAAGGAUGGUGUCUUCCCUCAAUAUUCUGGAGCUCGUGACAAGACUGACUUCAUUUCAUUCUUCGAGUACAAGAAAUACCGUGUGAUUAAGUAUAACAUUCCAGUAUUUCCUGAAAUUCAAUGUGUUCCUUUCAGAUGCAAUCACCUCGCUCACAUGGGAUGGAAAUUAGAAACAGCCAAACGUCUCUUCUCGGCUGACGAACACGGAAAACUCAUGUGCUGGGAUAUGAAUUGCAAGAGAGUUGAGACGCCUGAAUGGAAAACUUCGAAUUGUUGUCAAGAAUGCAAUCAGCCGUUCUUCUGGAAUCUUCUAGCAAUGUGGCAGAGGAAAAUUGUCGGAUUAAGACUACAUUUCUGUAGAACGUGUGGAUCAGCAGUCUGUGGAUCUUGCUGUGACAACUGGACCACGUAUCCACCAAUGGGAUAUAAGACGAAAAUUCGCAUUAGUAAUGAUUGCAAUGUACGAAUGAAAGACAAUCCACAGAAUUUCAACCUCACUCCACUUGCUGUUCCGCAUGAAAUCUAUACUGGAAUCACUGCUAUGCAUCUCCAGGAAACUCUCGGAAGUCUAGUUACCAGUGGCCUAUCGCGUGUUAAUUAUUUGGGAUGUUCGAAGUGUUUGCUCCGCCACUUCCGGAUCACAAUAGAUAAUUACUUCUUCUACUUUUCGAAUGUCUCAUAA